UUCUUUUCCACCAAGAUGGCUGAUCAGCAAACUGAGCGAUCCUUUAGCAAGCAGUUUUCUAUACCGGUGAUACGAAGGAAAUCACCAAAUGUGAAAAGAAGGCUUCGUAUGUACCGCAAUAUAGGCCUAGGAUUUCGAACGCCUGCCGAGAACGAAAGAGCGUUCCAAAAACAAUUUGGCAUCAACCUUAACAGAAAACUUAAGCCUGGAGUGACAAAGAAGAAAACUCUUCGUCGCUACCGUGACAUCGGCUUAGGUUUUAAAACACCCCGUGAAGCUAUUGAUGGUACUUACAUCGACAAAAAGUGCCCAUUCACGGGUAAUGUACGGAUUCGUGGUCGUAUUUUGACUGGCGCCGUGCGUAAAUGUAAAAUGCAGCGUACCAUCGUCAUUCGUCGUGAUUACUUACAUUUUGUUCGCAAAUACAGCCGUUUUGAAAAGCGGCACAGGAAUAUGAGCGUACAUUGCUCACCAUGCUUCAGAGAUGUCGAAAUCGGUGAUAUUGUUACAGUCGGUGAGUGUCGUCCACUUUCUAAGACUGUACGUUUCAACGUCCUCAAAGUUAGCAAAGGACAGGGGUCUAAAAAGAGUUUUAAAAAGUUUUAAGUUUAAAUAUUUUUAACUUGAUGCUUUUCAAAUAAAUAAGAAAAAAAUUUAAA